UUAAUACUGAGAGGGGGGUGUGGUCUACUCUAGAUCAAUAACCGUCGGACUGUAGUCUACUGUAAAAGUCAAAACAGAGUCGGAGCAGCGGAGACAGAGAACACUGAUCCAUGCUGGAUUGAUUUUAAUCCAUGUAUCGGGGAAAUCCGACAUUUGAUGCUCUAUGCUUAGCUCAGACGCACCGUUGAGCUGCAGGAGGAAAUUGGCGACAUAUUUGUUGUGGAUAGGUACUCUGAAAGACUGAGGCCUGUAAUAACUGUUUGCGUUUUGUUUCGGACAAGACGUAGCUACAGCAGAUUUUCUCUAAUGAGUUUUGAAGGAAUAACAACGAUCCAUUUAUCCGGAGACUAUUUGUCCUGGAGCUUAAUUAACAAGUGAUAUGUCUCUAAUGGACGUGGAAUGAAGGACUUUUCCACAUUAACGAAAUGUCCUCUAUAUAUGAGGGAAAAGACAGCCGUCUUGCAUUUGAGGUUCUCCUAUUUUCAGGAUUGGGGGUACCUUGCAUAACUGGGCUUUGUGUGUGAGAGAAUGAUGAGAGCAGUCCAUUGAACUGCGCUGCCUGCAUCUAAAGACGUUCAAGGGACAAGACCUGCCAAGAUCUGUUGGAGUGAUUCCAGAAGACUGUGUUGGAUUCUCCUCCCUAUGAUCACUGACGAUCUGGACUACCACUAGCUCUGAUCAGACAGGAUGAAUGACAGACCGAGGCAGACAGGAGGGGUGCACACGGUGGAGGCAGAUGUCAUCUUUCACCACCCCGUCUGCUCCGACCUCCUCUCCUCCCCCUCGUAUGAGGACGGGGGUGUCUGUCCCCUCCCAAGGAAGCAGGAGGGGAACACUAAUGCUCCAGACCUGGGAUUCGUACUGGACAACCAGGAAUUCUGUCAACAGAACACACCAGUUACAAAGGAGUACAUGUUGGAUGGUGGUACGGUGAUUGGGCAUCAUCACUUUGACCGUCCACAGGGUGAUGGAUCACAUAUCUCAAAUACAGAUCAGUUUCACAUUACUGAUAUUUCUCAUCAAGCACAUACAUCUCACAUACCCAAGCUUGAUGCUGGUAAAGACCAGAACUGUACUCAUGGCAGAAAUGGUAUCAGUGAGGAUAUGAAUGGAGCGAGGGCAAAAGUGCCCUGCAAUGUGGGUCCUUCUCUAUGCUUCAAGGGAGAUGCCAGAGAGGAAGUGGAAGGGUCCCUGGCCCUCUGCAGAGAGAGCAUAGUGAGGAGUCAGUGUCACAUCACAAAUGUCACCGCCUCCCCGGAGCAGGGGACCGCUGCGCCUGACACUCAUUGUAUCACCGUGGGCAACCAGCCAACCGUACAAGAGCUGGGGCGCUUCUUCAGCCACAGCUCUCCCACAGAAUAUGACACAUUGUGUGGACAGUCAGGGCUUGAGUCGAGCCAAGGUUGCAGGGGCAGUAGUGGCCAUGGUGGGGUCAGUAACACAAUGCCUAAAGAGGAGCCAGAUUUAGUGAUCGAAGUCGGUGGCCAGAAAAUCAGUGUUCACAAGUCUGUUCUGGCAGGGAAAAGUGACUAUUUCAAGGCUCGUCAGUCAAGAGACAUCCUGAAAGUGAAAGGGCUGAACUACAAGACCCUGACCAUCCUGAUAGACUAUAUCUACACCUCUCGGAUGAAUAUACACAAGGGCAAUGUGGUAGAGGUGAUCACAGGAGCUAAGAUCUUACAGAUCCCAUGUGCCGUCCAAGCUGCUAUGGACACCAUGUCAGAGCAGGUCACAGCAGAGAACUGUUACGAGAUUCUAACUAUCGCCAAGAAGCAACGACUCAACGAACUGAAAGAGACGGCCUAUCGCUUCAUGAGUGACAACUUCCUCCAGAUCCUGCAGGACCCAGCGGUGUACGGGCGUCUGACGGGGUCGGAGAGGGAUCUGGUCCUGAAGAAGAGAAUGGAGGGGAAGAGGUCCCUGAUGGUCGCUGAGAUCAACGAUGUGUUUGACCGUGUCGGGAGCCGACCUCAGAGUCGGUGUAACAGUCGACCACAGAGCCCUCUGUCCGUGGCAUCCUUCGAGGAGAACCACAUGAUUUACUACUUCAACGAGGCAGCCAAUGACUGGAGACCUCUGACUCUGAUGCCAGAGGACAUUAACACUAAAGGCUGUGGGAUCUGCACCAUGUACAACUACCUGUUUGUGGCCGGUGGGAUAAAGGGAUUUGGGGAUAAGGGCAAGGUCUCAGACAAGGUAUUCUGUUACAACCCCAUCUCUAACCGCUGGAGCGAGGUUCGACCACUCAACCAGGCGCGGUCGCAGCUCAAGCUAGUGUCUAUGGAGGGUAACUUGUACGCCAUAGGAGGGGAGUGUUUGUUCACAGUAGAAAAAUACGAUCCUCGGACUGAUAGAUGGACCACUGUGGCUCCCUUACCCAAAGGGGUGUUCGCUGUGGCCCAUGAAGCCACCACCUGUAACGGAGAGCUCUACGUCUCUGGAGGGUCUCUGUUCUACCGUCUCCUAAAAUACCACCCUAAGAGGGACGAGUGGCAGGAGUGCCCCUACAACAACAGCAGGAAGAAGUCAACCGACAUGGUGGCUCUGAAAAACUUCAUCUACAGGUUUGACGUCAACCGUGACCAGGGGGUCACUGUGUUCAAGUACAACACCAUAGUGAAAAUGUGGCACGACUGCGCAUCGCAGUGGCAGGGCAGCCCUUUGCCGUUCAGGUGUGCCGUCAUCGGAAACUGCAUCUAUUGUGUGAACAAGACUCAGACUCUGCAGUUUGUAGUGGAGGAGGACGGCUCUUACUUUGUAGAGGAACCACUGAAGCCACCACUGGAAGCUAAGGGCAUACUGUUCCCUUUCAUCCUCAGUCUGCCUGAGAAGACUGACAGAUGAAUGUGAUGUGACCAUGUAUCACUGAUGCUACAUUACAGAAGCCCAUCAAUGUAAUAUAGUGGACCUUAAAAUAAGAUGAACAUUUUCCAGCUUUAUUUUCCCCCUGUCCAGUGUACCUGCUCGUAAUGGAUUGUGUUUCUUUGCAUGGCGAGUUUACAGGACAAGCCUUAACAAGGACUACUUUUACAUGUUGAAUGAGUGCAACCAGAAAUGCAUGACUGUACAUAAUGAGAUAAUGACACAUACUGUAUAGUAGUUUUGUUGUUUGUUGCAUUUCCCUGUGUUCAGUUUGUAUUGUGCACUUUUGUAAUUGAAGAUAGUUAGAAUAGAUAUUGUUUUGAAUAUUGUUAGCUGGCUGGUGGCUUUUAGCCAAAAAUCUAACAUCAGAGUUGGAAUAGUCUGAAUGAAGGGACAGUUGAAGUAUGUUCUGAGUGAAUGACACAGCUGGCACACACAGGUCCUAUAUGCAAAUGAAACAAGCAAACACAUAAACAACACAAGGCCUGCUACAGUGGUGAUGUCUGCUCUAUGAAGAAACAGUGGGAGGGCUAUAACAUUCACACAGCACCAAGGCCUGAUACCAGAUCUGCCCUUGACAUUACUUCACAAGGCCAUUGAACAGCAGGAGUACAAUAAGCCACAUGUAUCUUCUACAAUAAUUAUAUUCUACUAUUAUAGAUCAUCAAUGAAUAAUGUUGAAGAGCACAAUGCAAUUAUUUAUUAAUGCAUUCCCACUGGGCACACACUGGUUGACUCAACGUUGUUACCACGUCAUUUCAAUGAAAUUACAUUGAACCAAUGUGAAAUAGACGUUGAAUUGACAUCUGUGCCCAGUGGGUUAGGUUCAAAACCAGUACCCACCUAUUCAUUCAAAACUACUACCCAACUAUUCAGAUCCAUUAAACAGCCUUCCAGGUUGUGUCAAAGACGACACUCUACCCGCACAUAUCGUUUUGUGAUGUACAUGAAUCCGAAGGUGAAUUCUUGCAGCACAAGAGUGGUGUUUUUAACUGAUCCUGGGGAUCGGGUUUGGUUACUGAGAUUGAUUGAAACAGGCCUUAGGUGUGCACUAGUGUUUACAGAAUGCAGGAUUGAGUCAGCAUAGAUAUGAGGGAUGGUGCUCACUGCUUACUGCUCAUUCUUAGGCCUAGUACUUUACUAUCACAUUUACCAAAGACAAAAUAGUCUGGUUUUAUACAACAUAUCAAACCCUUUCAGAUAUUUCACUAAAUAAAUCUAUAGUAAAUAUAUUUGGGUGAUAAUAUCCUAGAUCAAAAACACUCUUAUGACCUCUCUAAAAUUCACACGCAACACUUGUAUUAGCAACAAUAUAUCACUGUUGCUGUGAAAACAAGGGCACCACAGUCGCUGCUACUCUGUUCUUUAACAUUCUUCAGAGAAGUGAGGAGUCAUUUCUUGUAUGCAGGACAGGGGAAUUUGCCCUUGUCCUACCGAUAAGAAAAUGCUAUUAUGUUGUCAUCUCCCACAAGUAUUUGAUGAGCCAGCCAGAAAGACUGUGACCGGCAUACAUAGUAUGUACUUUCGGAUACUGUUCAACUGUCUCUCAAGUACUUGACUAUUUCAUUGUAAUUUAUGAUGAUGAAGCCGUUUGCCCAUAUUAGAUGAUGUAUAUCUACUUUGGUGUGUAGCCAUGGCCUGUCAGUUUUAUUUCAUCUGUUUAUAAUGCAUUUAAUCAUCUCAUCCACACAGCAUUUAGUAGGAAGCACACUUUGCAUCAACUUCAGCUCAAUGUUCAUCUGUUCUGCUAAGAUAUGCCUAAUCUUUUUUGCAUUUACAAUAUUGGAAAUGGGUCCAAUAACACUCCAUCUCCUUGCGCUUCAUUAGGAAUUUGACAUAUUUGUUUGCUUUUAGCAAUAAUACAUCAAUUGGGAGUUAUGUUAAUCUGUGGGAUUUGAUUCAGUGGAAUUUACUUAGUGAACAAAAUGCUACUACCACAUUUGGUAACAGUAUCCUCGCGAGGCUGUUGUAACGGUUGUGACUGAGUAGAUGUGGUUGGACUUAUUCGUCUGGUAUUUUGCUUGAAAGUACAGUGUUGGUUGAAGGCUUUCUUACUGAUAAUUAGCAUGUUAAAUAACAGCUAACAAACUAACUGUUGGAUGAUGUAUUUCAGUCAAAACUAAGUGCUGCAAAUAAAAAAUAUUUAGUGUCUGAAAUAAGUUUCAGUAUCAUUCGCUAUAG